AUGCUGGGCCGGCGGCGGGUCUUCGCGGUGGAGCCGCGCGAUAGAGUUGGUGAGGAUCUGGCGUGCGGGUGUGUAGUGCCUGGAGUCUCCAGCACCUACAGACGGAUUCAGGACACUGCUGAUUGCUGUUUUUCAUUAGACUCCUGGAUUGGAGAUGGCCAGCUGAGAGAAUCUGAAAGACCAGUGCCACUUCUGAAACUGUCCUCCCGGGACUCAGGAGUGGAGAUGGCAGUUGGGGGUAGCUCUCCGACCCCCUCACCUGGCCUUUCUCAGGACUCUCUGGACUUUGUUCCUAUGGAGGGCUCUGAGUUCUCAGCCCUUGGUGUCAUGGAGCCUCCCGCCCAGCUCGGCAGGCUCCUGGCCAGCCGUAAGCUGGAGCAGGUGCUAGAGCGCUCUCGCUGGCUCCCAACUUCCCCUGCCAGCUCCUCAGGACAGCACUGUGUUAGCAAGCCUGAGUGUGAAGUGCCCCCGUCUGAACAGGAGACCACCACAGAGGGGGAAGCUGGCCUGGAUGAAGCCGAGGCGGUGGAGAGUUUGGAGCCUGAAGUUUGGACCUGCCUCCCAGGGCACGGUCUUCGCUACCUAGAACACCUGUGCCUAGUGCUGGAGCAGAUGGCGAGGCUCCAACAGCUCUAUCUUCAGCUGCAAACCCAGAGGCCUGCCAGGGACUUGGAAGAGGAGGAAGAACCUGUCCUGGCUCCUUCACCUUCCCCCUCAUAUGCCCCAAGUUGUGUGGUGCAGGUGCCAUGGGACAUGCUUAGCCAGACAAAGGAGACAGGGAAAAAAGCAGCUUCAUGCCCCAAAGUGGGGGUAUCCAGCACAAUCCCUCCUACUCUGCCAGAGACCCCAGCAGAGCCUACUCACACGUUUCCAUCCUCCCAGAGACACAAGCUGGAUCUCUCCCACUGGGACAAGGUCAAGGUCCUGCUCAACCGGAUCCGCUGGAGAAGCUCCCGACACCCUGAGCCCCCUGCCCUUCCUGAUGGCCCUGCCCCCAGGAUGGAGUCAAGGGACUUCCCUGAAAGGCCUCAGCGUCGCCCCCACCACAGGACCUUUAUACCAUCAUUUGUAGUUAAGAAACAACGAACAAAAAACCUUUCUGUCUGCUAA